UUGUAAACAAACAGUGCGGUUGUGUUUUUUUAUCGAUUUAUAAGUAUUUUAAUCCAUUAUUUCCGUAAAAUAAGCAGUGUUGAAGUGUAUAAAAAUAAUAUUUAUCAAUUAAUAUCUCUUUCAAUGUUCUUUAGAAAUUAAAAAGAUGUUAGGACAGAGACCGAAGUUUAUCCGCCCCGGUGACGAUGAUCCCCUAUACCCAACGCGCAACAAAGAUGGUGUCAUAGAAACGCUGAUAAAUCCGAACACAGACUCAGCGUUGGCAACCGACAACGAUGCUCGGUCCAACUUCGUUUACAACCGUCACCAUCACUUACCGUUGGAGACUCAACGGCAAAGAUUACCGGUGUUCCAGUACCGGAAUCAUAUCUUGUAUUUGUUGGAGAAGUAUCAAACGUUGGUCCUGAUCGGUGAAACUGGAUGUGGAAAGUCCACUCAAGUCCCUCAGGUAAGUGCUUUGUUACUUUUUAUCGUAUUAAAGCAAUACAUUUUGUAUAAAUUUUUUUAA